AUGAAGCAAUCAACUACUGAAAUAAAUGACACCGACUCGUCGAUAAACAGGACAAAUGACGUGAACAUGUCUCAGCGACGAUUGUCAACAUUCAAAAAUAUCAUACCAAAGUAUCAACAACGACAAAUUUUUCAACAACCUACCGAUGAGCAUCAGUUGCAACAAGAAAUGAAACAGGAUUUCGAGCACGAAAUUGACACAGAACCAACAUGCCAGUUAAAAAACAAAUUCCUCUAUAAACUUUCAUUCAACAAACAACGCUGUCAUAUCAACAAAAAUGAUUGCAACCUCAACAUGAUUCAUAAGCUAAGUGAAGUCAAAAAUAUUGAUUCCAAUUUGCGCGAUGGGAAAAGCAUUGAAAUUCGGUUAUCAAAAAGUUGUCAAAUCCAGUCAAAACAGUUGUCGACACACGAAAAAAAUAAAAUUGUCAGAAUGAAGAAAACUGCGAUAAACAACAACUUCAAUAAUAAAAACAAAAAUGACUUUUUAAAAAGUCAUGAGUUUUCUUCUAGCAGCACCAGCGCAUGCAACCAAAUUGAACAUGUUGUGGACGAUAGCACGCGGAACACAACUAUACUUAAAAAAUUAUCGUUCUCAAUAUAUCCAUCUUUAAGCGAUAUUUCUAAAAAGUCAAUGAAAAACUGCGACGAAUCUUAUGGAAGUAAUCAUGAAAUCAAUCUACAAAAUAGUAAAACCAAUCAAGACAAAAAAAACAUAGUUAAGACUAAUUGGAAAACAUAUGAUUUUAGCAAUAACAAUGAAGACAAAGUGUUUAAUUCGUUGCAACCAAUCGUAGGCCACAAAAAACGAAAUGAUUAUUGUAAUAAAAACAACAGCGUCGGGCAAGAUGAGGAUUCAGUUGUGAACGUCAGAGAUCAAACAAACAAACAAGACAUUGGAAAAAAGAACCAUGGUUAUACCUUAGAACAAAAAGGAAAAACUGUGCGCCACAACACUAUUAAUGUGCAAAACAAUUUUGAGGAGGAAGUAUUUAAUGAAGACAUGUGUGAUGUUCAAACUAAACUUACUACCAAGAAACAUCUCAAGUACGUGCACAACAGCACAUACGCUUUUGUGAAACAUAUUAACAGACAUAGCAAAAUUUCAAAAAAUAACAACAAUCUUCCCAUCAGAAGUGAAAAAAAAAAUCUCACCGGUUACUUAACAAAACACGUUACAGAACUUAAUUCCAAAAUGCAAGCAGAGUUUUCAAAAUUGCAGAAUAAAAGUUCUUUACCUUCCUCAUCACUCUCCUCAUCACUUUCUUCAUCCUCAUCAAAAUCAUCCAUGUCAUCUGCAACCAGUGGAGAGCACGGAGGAGAGUAUUCAAAGAAUUUGAAACUGCAUGAUGAAGUUAAGAUAGGUGGCUGUUAUUUGUACAACACCGAAGAACAAGUGAACCACUUCCGAAAACUAAUGGCGGUAAUUAAUUACGAUGACGUCAUUAAUGAUGAUGGUGGUGAUAAAGAUGAUGAGUGCGGCAAAAAAAGAACUGUAAACUACUGCGAUGAUAUCACGAAGAAGAGAAUAGAGGAUUGGAUUGUAUGCGUCAAGAGGGAGGGUAUUGUGGUUGACUGA